AUGGCGUUUGGGCGGGCGGCGCUGCUGGAAAGGGCCACGGAGCUCUGCGAGGCUUUCGCCCAGCGCAAGAGCCUCGAAGAGGUGCUUUGCCACUUCUCGGAGGAUGUGCUGUGCCUGGAGCACGGGCUGCCGGAGCUGGCGCCCUUUCUGGGCCGGCCCUUCAGGGGGCAUGCAGGCGCGCGGCGCUACUUCGAGCUCCUGGCGGAGCUGCUGGGCUUCACCGACAUGGCCUUCUCGGAUUACGUGGUGGACGUGGAGGCGUGCCAGGUCUCUGUGCGGGGCAAGGCGAAGUUCACUUGGCUCUCCACCGGGAAGUCCUGGGACGAGGUCUUCAUGUACCGCCUGAAGAUGGACGACGCGAACCUGAUCUCGGCCUACGAGGUCUGGGCCGACUCGGGGGCCGCCUACUUGGCGCGCACCGCGCCGCGGCUGCGGGUGCUGCUGGUGAGCUACGAGUUCACCUUCGGCCCCUUCAGUGGCAACGGGAUCUUGGCGCGGUCCGUGGCCAAGGCGCUGCUGCGCCUGGGCUGCCAGGUGACGGUCUGGUGCUGUAGGCCCCAUGCGGAGGCCAAGGACCAGCACCUCGACUUUCCAGAGAUCCCGGAGGAGGACAAGGAGAGACUUGCGCUGGUGCCCCUUCAGCUCUGCGAGGAGCACGGCUGGCGGAAGUUGGACGACGCGUCCGCCUGGCAGCACUUCGCUUUCGCCAGCCUCGGCCCCGAGGGGCGGCGGGUGCUGCUCCUGGCCGCCGCGGCGGCGGAGGUGUGGUGCGCGGUGGACUGGACCGGGGCGCAGGCGCUGCGCACGCUGCCGCUGCAGAGGCCUCUGGUGUACAUGAACUUCCGUGUCUACAGCUCGGGGGUCUCUGCGACCAAGCGGCCCUGGUUCGACCAAAUGGAGCGGGACGCACUGGCGAACGCCCAGGCCGUGGUGGCGCUUUCCGAGCCAGACCGAAUGAGCCUUACGGAGUUGGGUGCCCCGCAGGUAGCAGUGCUGCUGCCCCCGCUGCGGGGGGACGUGCGAGCGCUGGCGGCCGGGGCGGCGGCGCCUGACUUGCCCCCCCAGGUCCAGGCAGCUGCACAGACCGCGCAGAGGCGGAGAUUUCUGGUGAGCUGCGUGGUGCGGCUCUCCAAGGAGAAGCAGGCGCUCCGCUUCGCCCGCUUCAUCGCCCAGUGCAGCGGUGUGCUGCGGUCGCUGGGGCUGGUUCCGCUGCUGGCAGGUGCAGCCGCGGACGGCUAUGCAGAAGAGGUGAAGACGGCGCUGCGCCUCGCGGCGCCGGAGGCGGUGGUGCUGGAGGACUUCCUGCCGCCGGAGGCGGAGAGUCGCGCGGAUCGCUUCGCGCGCGGAGUGCUACCGUGGAUGGAUGAAAUCUAUUUCAACCAUGGUUUCAAAGUGGUGCAGGAUUUCGUCCACAGCAGGGAGCGAAUACUCUAG